AUGGCUGGGGAUGGAGAGCAAGAAGGCUUAAAGGAAGGAGGACGCCGUCUCGGACCUUCCCGCUCCCAGCCACGGUCAACCCCACGGUGCUCUCUGACACCUGCCAACGGCGAGCCCUUGGGCCGUGUCUCCUUGGAGCUGUUUGCAGACAAAGUCCCAAAGACAGCAAGAAACUUGUGUGCUCUGAGCACUGGGGAGGAAGCUUUGGGUUAUGUAGCUUCCUGCUUUCAGAGAGUUAUUCCGGGAUUCACGUGCCAGAGUGGUGACUUCACACGCCACAACGGCACAGGCGGCAAGUCCGUCUACGGGGAGAAAUUUGAUGAUGAGAAGUUUGUCCUGAAGCACACAGGUCCCGGCGUCUUGUCCAUGGCAGGUGCUGGACCCCGGUGUUUCAGCUGCACUGCUGAGACCAAGUGGCUGGACGGCAAGCAUGUGGUCUUCGACCAGGUGAAAGACGGCACGGACAUUGUGACAGCCACGCAGCGCUGCGGGUCCCGGAAUGGCAAGGCCAGCCGGAAGAUCACCAUUACUGGCUGUGGCCAACUCUAACAAACCUGACUUGUGUUUUAUCUUAACCAGCAGGCCAUUCCUUCUGUAGCUCAGGAGGGCACCCCUUCACC